CUCCUCUCCCCUCCCCUCCUCUCUCCUCUUUUCCCUUCCACCACCUCUCUCUCUCUCCCUCUCUCUCUCCCCCAGCUUUUGUUUCGCCAUGCCUAGUCUAGUGGUAUCUGGAAUAAUGGAAAGAAAUGGGGGCUUUGGAGAACUAGGAUGUUUCGGGGGAAGCGCUAAGGACCGAGGGCUGCUGGAAGACGAGCGCGCCCUUCAGCUGGCUCUCGAUCAACUCUGCCUCCUGGGUUUGGGGGAGCCCCCCGCCCCCACGGCGGGCGAGGACGGGGGAGGUGGGGGGGGCGGCGCCCCCGCGCAGCCGGCCGCCCCCCCGCAGCCGGCCCCGCCGCCGCCGCCCGCGGCGCCCCCGGCCGCCCAGACGGCGGCCCCCGCGGCGCAGACGCCCCAGCCCCCCACCGCCCCCAAAGGGGCUAGCGACGCCAAGCUCUGCGCUCUGUACAAAGAGGCCGAGCUGCGCCUGAAGGGCAGCAGCAACACCACGGAGUGUGUACCCGUGCCCACCUCCGAGCACGUGGCCGAGAUCGUGGGCAGGCAAGGCUGCAAGAUUAAGGCUCUGAGGGCCAAGACCAACACCUACAUCAAGACACCAGUGCGGGGCGAGGAGCCAGUGUUCAUGGUGACAGGGCGGCGGGAGGACGUGGCCACAGCCCGGCGGGAAAUCAUCUCAGCAGCGGAGCAUUUCUCCAUGAUCCGUGCCUCCCGCAACAAGUCAGGCGCCGCCUUUGGUGUGGCCCCUGCUCUGCCAGGCCAGGUGACCAUCCGUGUGCGGGUUCCCUACCGCGUGGUGGGGCUGGUGGUGGGCCCUAAAGGGGCGACCAUCAAGCGCAUCCAACAGCAGACCAACACGUACAUUAUCACACCAAGCCGUGACCGCGACCCAGUGUUCGAGAUCACGGGGGCCCCGGGCAACGUGGAGCGUGCGCGUGAGGAGAUCGAGACGCACAUCGCAGUGCGCACAGGCAAGAUCCUCGAGUACAACAAUGAAAAUGACUUCUUGGCUGGGAGCCCCGAUGCCGCACUUGAUAGCCGCUACUCCGACGCCUGGCGGGUGCAUCCGCCAGGCUGCAAGCCCCUCUCCACCUUCCGGCAGAACAGCCUGGGCUGCAUCGGCGAGUGCGGAGUGGACUCAGGCUUUGAGGCCCCACGCCUGGGCGAGCAGGGCGGGGACUUUGGCUACGGCGGGUACCUGUUUCCGGGCUACGGUGUGGGCAAGCAGGACGUGUACUACGGCGUGGCAGAGACUAGCCCCCCGCUGUGGGCGGGCCAGGAGAACGCCACGCCCACCUCGGUGCUCUUCUCCUCUGCCUCCUCCUCCUCCUCCUCUUCCGCUAAGGCCCGCGCUGGGCCUCCCGGCGCGCACCGCUCUCCUGCUACUUCCGCAGGGCCAGAGUUGGCAGGACUCCCGAGGCGUCCGCCGGGAGAGCCGCUCCAGGGCUUCUCUAAACUUGGGGGUGGCGGCCUGCGGAGCCCCGGCGGCGGGCGGGAUUGCAUGGUGUGCUUUGAGAGCGAAGUGACUGCCGCCCUCGUGCCCUGCGGACACAACCUGUUCUGCAUGGAGUGUGCAGUACGCAUCUGCGAGAGGACGGACCCGGAGUGCCCCGUCUGCCACAUCACAGCCACGCAAGCCAUCCGAAUAUUCUCCUAAGCCCCCUGCCCCGUGCCUCCUGGGCCUACUCCCCAAGGGCCUGCCCUGGACCUGUUUUCCACAAGGGCCUUUUGGAAAUCAGUCAUUUAAGGGGCAAGGUGCUUAGAGAUACUCGCUCUCUGGGGAGGGGAGAAAGGGAGGCUGUGGUGGCUGGAGGGUGGGCCACUUUCAGAGCCUCUGGUCACCUUUUCCUGGAAAUAUUGGGAGGGGGCCAGACUGAAUAUACUAGAGUUACAACUCUGAUACCUCAACACACCCUUAAAUCUGGAAGCAGCUAAGAUAAACUUUUGUUUUGCCAGAGGUGGCUACUAAGGCAUUCUGACCCCCUCUGCCCACCUCCCCAACUGUGUGUCACUCUACCCCUUCAUCUGUGGAGGGGAUGGGGAAAAGGGGGAGGGAGAAUUAACACCGUAUCUAGAGGUGCUCUUUCGAACUCCCAAGCCCUCUGGUCCUGACCUCCGACCUAACAUGACCCUUUGGCUCCCCGAUAUUCUGUUGGGGAAACUGUUCUGAGUUUCUCACAGUAUAGGGGAGUUGGAGCCCUAUCAGAAGCCUGCACAGAUCUGGGGAGUGGGGUUGAGGAGAAUCAUGUCAGUGGAUAAAGGGCUCAGAAUUCAUCUGCCCCCACAAAGCUGGGCUGGAGGAAUCUGCAGAGGGGUACUCCUCUCUGCCCCCUUCAGCAUUUCUCUUCACUCCCUUGCCCCCACCUCUCCUCCCUUUGCUCUUUCCUUUCCCUCCACCUCUUUGCUUUGUUUUCCCUUGUCUUGAUCCUCCUCUUUGACUUUCUUCCCUUCUCCCCCAUCACUCCUGCCCCUUCCAGCCCAGCUUUGGGGACACCAUCCCCUUGGGGACCAAUAGAGGGAAGAACAUUUUGAUGAUCUCUCCCAUUCCUCUUCAGGCAUGUGGAGGCCCUCUCCCCUGAUCCUCCAAAGAAACAUCUCAAAUUUGUUAUGGAAUGUAUCCCCAUUCUCAGUGAAAAUUUGAGGAGGGGGACUAAUACUGGGGUACAUAAAGGGUCACACCCCCACCUUCAUCAUCUAUGGGCAUUAUAUUUAGGGAGGAGUUCUUGGGCUGGAUUUUCUGGUUGUAGAAGAAGGGGAGCCAGGGUAGUAUGUCUGCUAUUUCAAGGAGCAGGAAAGGGCCUGAGGCAGGAGAGACUGGUGGAGGGAAGGGCUGCUGCUCUGUGCCCUGCACGCCUCUCUGGACCUGACCCAAACCUUAAUUUAAUCCUUAUUAGCUUGAAUCCUUCUUAGUGUGCAAAUCAUGAAGUCUCUGUCCCACCCAUUGUGGUUGAGGAGAGGCCAGGUCUUCAGAGAGGGGUCAGCCCUGGGCAAAGCAGGAUUGGGGGACAGCAGGGUCUGUUUGAGAGUCAUAUGUUGUUACAGGCCUGUACCCUCUUUGCUGCUUCCCUACUGCUCACUUGGGGUUGCCACCAGCCUCCCACCCUCCUGGUUCCACCCUCCUGGUUCCGCUGGCGGGCCAGGAGAGGAUGGGGGAUGGGAGUCCUAGGGGGUCCCGGGAGAUCCUUGUAUAUAAUGGGGUGGGACUAUUCUGAGUGAUCGCUGAGCACUUAAAGCUCAGGAGUCCCAUUCUUCCUGGAUGGAGAAGUGGUGCAGGGAAGGAGGUGCAGAGGGGAUUUCCUCCUGUCCUUUCUCCUGUUGUGAAUUAACUCACCUCUCCUCAGCCUUCCCCUCCAGACCACCAGCCAGGGAGGGGAGAGGAAGACGGUCACAGCCAAGAAAACUGGCCUGUGACUGCUUCCCUCCUUCCCGCCAAUGUGAGCCAUCCUGAGAUGUCUGUACAAUAGAAACCAAACCAAAUGGGCACCCUCGGUUGCCGAGGGCGGGUGGGGAGGGGGGUGGGAAGAAAGGAUGUCUGUCUGUCGAUCCCCCUCCCCCUCUCCACUCCUUACCCACAAAGGCAGAAGACUGUUACACUAGGGGGCUCAGCAAAUUCAAUCCCACCCCUACCAAUUGAGCCAAACCUAGAAACAAACGCAAAACACACAUAGACAAAAUAGAGGAGAGAAAGAGAGAACAUGAGAGGGAGUGAGACAGGCGACCAACACAGAGGAGAGAAAACAAAAAUAGCAAAAAAAAAAAAAAAAGGCAGUUCUUUAUAAUUUAAUAUUCUAUUUUAAUAAAGGCGUUUAUUACCGUAUAAAUGUAGCAAAGAACCUGGGCUAAUAUGAAAAAAAGACUUUUUAUUAGGUAAUUUAUUAUAUGAAAAGGAUAUUUUAUUUUAUGAUAAAGUGAUCCUUAAAAAAAUAAAAAAACUUUAGAAGGUUUAGAAUAUAUGUAGGGAGAGAAGAAGAAAAAAUACAUUUGUAUUCAGAGUUAAAUCUUAAAAAAAAAAGUGUUUUUAAUAUAUGUUCGGGUUUACGUUGCUUUUUUUCCCCCACUUUUUUUUGGGGAGGAAUGUCAUUUGCUUUUCUUGGGGAGAGGGGCUGGGGGAGCGUGGUCCCUUCUGGGGCCCUGCAAGUAGAUUGGAUUUCACUCCGUGGGCUCCCCCUCCCCUCUCUUCCUCCCCCUCAGGGGAGCCGGCAGAGCCAAACAAAGAAAGGGAUUAACAAGAAAGGAAGAAGCUGUAGGACUAAGGACUGAGGAUCCUGGGGUGUCCCCCCUUUUCCCUGCCCUGUCUUGGGGCAAGUGAGGAGGAAAACUCCAGAACUGAGGCUUAGCAGGCCUAGGGAACCCUCAGAGAGGUGUGAGAUUUAAGAGAAAUAAAUUUUUUUUUAACCAAAAAGAGAGAGAGAGAGAAGAAAAAGAGAAACCGAGGGGUUUAAAAGAAGAGAAUACUACAAAAUAAUAAUUAUUAAUAAUAAUAAUUCAAAUUUAUUUCAUAUAAUCCUAGAGAGAGAAAGAAAGAAUUACUAGUUACUUAGUAGAUGAUAUUCAGAUAGCUUAAAGUUUAGUAGCAUUGAGGGCCCCUGGGUCCAGUAGAAUGUAUAAAAGUCGUAAGGAAAAGAUAAAUAGAGGAGGGAAGUGGUUGAGUCCACCCUGAGUCACCCUAUCUUCAGAUAUCAGGGUUGGAGCAGGUUGCUAGUUAAGAUUGGGAGCUUCCAGUCUGCUGGGGUUGAUUCUGAGAAUCCUUGGAUUUUUAAAUUGUAGGACAAAGAGAUGAGGGGCUCAGUUCCCAGGGUCUUUGAAAGGAUGCACACUGAUCAACUCAAUCAGAUGGGGGGCUGGGCUGGGGUUAGUAGAGGAGACUGAGCACAUUUGCCUGCACCCCAGUACCUGGGGACCUGGCCAUCCCUCUGUCUCCUUUGGGCAGCCCUUACUCCAAAGUUGUAUGUCCUCUCCUGGGUCUCUCAGGAAGGAUGGAGACUGCUCAGCUCAGGCCUCCCAAGCCACCUUCUCCCAGGCCUAAAUUAGGAGUCCUUCUUGAAGUAUAACCUCAGUCCACUUAACUACGGAUUGAUUUAAGAGCCUGGUAAGUCAUCCCAUAAGCAGACACACACUUCUCACCUUCAGAGCUUCAAGAGCACUGAGGGGAUCAGUCCCCUACCCGUUCCCAUCCCACAUUCCACUGAGCUUUUGACCUCCAUGGCAGCAGUGGUGGUGAUAUCUCAAUAAUUGUUCUUUAAAGCUGUGAUGUGCUUUACAGAUUUGCAAAGUGCUUUACUGUCUCAUAGAAGUUGGAUUCCAAGAAGGACUUCCCACCCAGUGGGGUGGAGUGGAGACACUGUCCUUGAAGGCCUGGGAGAAGGGGGCCACAAGGGUAUGGAGGCACAGGAAGGGCACAGGGACCUUGGGUGACCCCAACCAAGCCCUCACUGCUCUAGGCCACCUCCAUCUUAAGUGUGCAGGUAGGGGUCAUCCACCAUCCCUGGCCUGGAGGCACAUUGCCUUCCCCACAGAAAAUUGGAGAACCUGGCUUCUGCAUGCAAGAAAUCAACAUUUCUUAAGCACUUGCCUUCUCCCCACCCCAGUUUGCAAUGAGAUCUUCAGGGUCAGGUCACAUCUGGCCUUCUCCCACAUCCAAGGGGGUGGGGAGGCCUCUUGGCUCUCCUUUUGGCAAGAGGAACCUGCUCCAUUACACCAAUGACUCUGCCAUGCCCCUCCCUGGCCCUAGACCCCAAACACAUCUCCCUCUCCCCAGUUUACUCUUGCCCCACCUAGGGACAGAUUUCCCCCUGCUCUUUUUGUCCUAGAAACCCCCGCUAGUUUGGGAUGGUAGAGUCUGGGGUGGGGAGGGCUUCCCCUUCCCCACUCAAGGGUGAGGGUGGGUUGGGGGGGUGGGUGGAGACAGCCCUGGGGCAGGGGGAUGGUCUCUCCACUGUAGAAAGUAGAGUAGGAUUGUGGUCAGACUUAAUUUGAGGCAUCUAGUGAAGACACACCAAGGAAAAAGAUUUCAAAAGCAAAAUAAAGGCGGGAAAUAAAAUGGACCCAUGAAUAAUCAAGUCAAAGUGAUGUUGCACAAAAUGCAGAGAAACCAAGAAGGGGGAGGGUUAAUGUAUUAAAUGUGCUAUUAAGAACUUAAUUUUAUUAAAAGUAUUAUUACUUAA